GGGCGCGGGGCCGGUCCGUCCCGGCGGGCGGUGCCGGGGGCGGGCGCUCCCCGCCGCCAGUGGCGCGGUGCGGGGGCGGGCGGCCCGAGCGGAGCGGGGAGCUAUGGGGCCGCAGUGAGCCCGCCGGGGAGCGCAGGGAAGCGGGGCCGAUGGCGUUCAGCGCCUGGCAGAUCCUCUCGCCGGUGCAGUGGGCCCGCUGGACCUGGUCGGCGGUGCGGGGCGGGGGCAGCCCCGAGGAGGGGGACGGCGGGGCCGGUGCUGCCGAGGACGAGGAUGAGGAGGAGGACCGGGAGCCGCCGGCGGGGGGCUCGGCCCUCGGCUUCAGCUCGGACUCCACUGAUAAUUUUGAGACCCCAGAAGCAGAAACACCGAGCUGCUCGCCUCUCAAGGAGUUCUGCGAGCCACCGGGACCGCCGGAGCCUGAGGCCGGGACCCAAGAGCCACGUGGCCAUGGUGACCUGCUGGUAGGGGAACCCCACUGGGACAGCUCACCUGGGAAGCACCCCAAAGAUGAGGCUCAAGCAGAGAUUGGAGCCCCUAAAGCCAGUUUGGAUGCUAAAGGGGAAACUGACCCCGACAGCUCACCCCUGAUGCAGCCCUUGGCCGGGCUGGGCUGCCAGGCUGACCCUGCUCACGCUGCUGGGGAGCCAGCCCCCCUGCCCCAUGUGGGCACAGCCCCCUGGGAGCGGGCCAUGCCAGGAGGGGACCCUGGCACGGGGCUGGUGGAGCUGGGGGCUGAUGCCCUGGGCCAGGAGCAGCUCGGGAAGGGGAAAACACCUUCACUGGGGAGGAAAGCAGAUGAAGGCGCAGAGGAGACCCAGCGUGAGCCUGAGCAGCAUGACAGGAGUGUGAGCCCCUUUGUGGCAGGGGUCUGCCAGCUGCAGAGCUCUGCCCCAGCAGCCCCACAACGCCUUCCCCAUCCUGGUGAGCUGGGGGGGGACCCGGCUCUGGAGGCCCCAGGGCAGGUCCCAAAACGUGGGGCUGAUUGUACAGAGGCUAAAGAGAGCGUGGAGGCCAAGCCAGCUUCACCCAGGAGGGGCAGCAGGAUCCCAGCCAGCAAGCUGACACCGAAGAGACACAGAGAGUCCCCCAAGAAAGCAGCUGAGGAUGCAGAGAGGGGUCCCACAGAGCCAGCCCCACCCCGGGGCUCCUGCCAGCCGGGUCCCACGGGCUGGGACAGCCCUGGCCUCAGCUCUCUCAGUGGCAGCUCAGCGCUGCAGAAUUCUCCAGUUCUCCCCAAGGGCUCUUACCAGUUUGACCCCAAUAACUUUGACUCCAUGGAUCCGUUCAAGCCCACCAAGACGCUUGCCAGCGCCAACGCUGACUCCUGCUCCACGGCAGAUAACAGCCUCAAUGAAAUCCUGGAAUCUCAGACACUGGAGAUGCAGGACGAUGCCCUGAAAGGCAGAGACUCCCCCAAGAAGCCCAAGUCACGCCUGAUAACGACUACUGAGCAAGUGAAAUUUCUCUGUUUUCUGUUGAGCGGCUGCAAGGUGAAGCAGCACGAGGCGCAGCCCCUGGUCCUGGACAUCAGCGCUCAGGAUGAAGGAGUGUUGAUCUCAGAAAUCCCAGAUAUUACCAACCGGGAUGGACGUGCCACUGAUGAGGAGAAGUUGGCCUCCACCACCUCCACGCAGAAACCAGCAGGGCUGGAGAAGAAGGCUGAGGCAGAAGAUGACCUGGAGUACUUUGAGUGCUCCAACGUGCCCGUGUCUGGAGGGAAGCACAGACCAGAGGCAGGUUUUGAAAAGGAGAUCUGCAAGCAGAUGGAAAAGGGAGGGCCUGGCAUCUUCCCUGACAAUCCCGGGCUGUGCUCCAUGGACAAGUGCCCCAGCGUGGGCAGGAGCGAGAGUCCCCUGGCUGGCAUCUGCCUCAGCGAGUCCGAGAAGGCAGCCGUGCUCACGCUCAUCAGAGAGGAGAUAAUCACCAAGGAGAUCGAGGCCAACGAGUGGAAGAAGAAAUACGAGGAGAGCCGGCAGGAAGUGCUGGAGAUGAGGAAAAUCGUGGCUGAGUAUGAAAAGACCAUUGCCCAGAUGAUAGAGGAUGAGCAGAGGACAAACAUGACAUCUCAGAAGAACCUGCAGCAGCUCACAAUGGAAAAGGACCAGGCUCUGGCAGACCUGAACUCGGUGGAGAGAUCCCUGUCAGAUCUGUUCAGGAGAUAUGAAAACCUGAAGGGCGUCCUGGAAGGAUUUAAGAAGAAUGAAGAAGCUCUGAAGAAAUGUGCUCAAGAUUAUCUAACCCGUGUCAAGCAGGAAGAGCAGCGGUACCAGGCCCUGAAAGUCCACGCAGAAGAAAAAUUAGACAAAGCCAACGAGGAGAUCGCCCAGGUGCGCACCAAGGCCAAGGCGGAGAGCGCGGCGCUGCACGCGGGGCUGCGCAAGGAGCAGAUGAAGGUGGAGUCCCUGGAGAGAACCCUGCAGCAGAAGAACCAGGAGAUUGAGGAGCUGACCAAGAUCUGCGACGAGCUGAUAGCGAAACUGGGAAAGUCAGACUGAGCCUCAGCACCCCUCGCCCAGCACUCUGCACUUGGCUGCUUUUCUCGUGACGUUGAGCACCUUGCCUUACCCCGGAGUCCCUGCAGGAAAGCUCACGUGUCCAGCUGCCCCCCUGGCUGCCAGACCUGUGGCUCCUGAGCAGGGCUGCUCCCCUCACUGUCCCUGUCUGCUUCCCACAGCUCCGGGCUGGGAUCCCUGCAGUCAGCCUGGGAAUCCUGUGCUCAGCCUGGACCUGGGUGUCCCUCCCUGGGCUCUGUGCCCCUUGGUUGGGCUGGGUCUGUGUGUCCCUCCCAGGGCCUGCCACCCUGUCCCUCUGCACCAAUGCCACCUCUCAGGAGGUGACACCCCGGGCUCUGUGCCCCUUGGUUGGGCUGGCUCUGGUUGUGUCCCCACUGCACUCUCUGUCACUGAUUGUCCUCACGGGCUCAGCAGAACAGGUCCAGCCACUGGUAGGUGCUGCCCUGGGACGUGGGUGAUGGCAGGGGUGGACCUGCUGGCUCUGGCACUGGGGAAGGGCACCUGGCACGGGGAUGGCUGGUCUCUGGUUGGUGGGUGAAGCACAGCACAGCCUCUCCCUGUCCCUGGCUGUGCCAGCCUCGGAGGAAGGGAGCUGACAUCUCUGCAUUCGUGCACUUUAUGAGCAUUUAUGGGCACUUGGGCUCUCUGCUCACUCCUUCCAGGCAGGCAUGACUUGUUCCCCCCAGAGCACUGAACAGUCACAAAACCUGCAGCAACUUCAGUCCUCUCCAGGGAGAGCCCAGGUGAGGGGAGGCAGGAGGUUUCUGCACCAAGAGGUGUUUGAGAAGCAGGGGAGAUGUUGGUCCUGCUCCAUCCUCCCCAUGGCCCUGGUCCCCUGGGUGAGCUGCUGUUGGACACGUGCGAAGCCAGGGCCAUGUUUGUGACUCCCUGUGCCAUGGUGAGAUCAGGGCUCCGUUUCAGAGGCUGCAGGAGGAAGGAAUUGAACCCUGAGCUGCCUCGUGGGUACUGCAGUAGCUGCAGUGAUGGAGGAUUCUCUGCCUUGAAUGGAUAGGUGUGAAAUAAGGGAAAUACUUGCAGUAUGGACUGUUUCCUGCCCAGCCUGUUGAACACUUUCACAAACCUUUUUGCUGCUACCUUUUUGUAACAGAAUUGAGCUCUUUUCCUUCUAUUUUCUAAUUCCCUGUGUCAAGCAUGCAGAGCAAACACCUGUUUAAGCCAGAGCCAUACACUUGAUUAUAUUUUAUUAGUUAUAUAAUAUAGAGAGAGUUUAUUCUACACUUAAGCAAAGGUGUCAGCAGCCUGCCCCAGCACACAGCUUCCCAGCCUGUUCUCCACAUCCCCAGUUAUCCCAGUGACAGACUGGUCACAGAAGCCAGUGGCUGACACCACUCAAAGCAGUGCACCUGUUCCUUGUGCUGGAUAUUCACCCUUUGCACAGCUGACAGAAAAGAAAAACCCUUUUUCCCCCCUUUCUUUUUAACCCCCUUGACCUCCCCACAUGUCCCCUCCUGGGCUGGUGAAAAAGCUUCAACCAUAAGAUCAGCAAGGAUAUUUCUGUUCCCCUUGGGGAGUCUGUGCAGGUAAAGCAAACCCCUGAGACCCCGAGAUUUCUGGGCCAGUUGGCUUUUCCUCUUGAGGAAGCAGAGUGCAGCAUUGCAUCACCUCUCAGAGCUGGUGACAGGGCUGGUUUCUGGUUGGGGCCCUGGGGCACUGCCCUGCCCUGCCAGGGUGCUGCUGGAGCAGUCCCAGGUGGGGACUGUGGCAGCCCUCAGCCUUCUGCUUUGCUUGGAGCUGUGGUACUCAUGUGCUGUUCUCACUCAAGGUGAGACACUCUGAGGUCAGUCUCUCCUUGGGGCAUGGCUCUGGCCCUUGGAGCUGAUGGACAAUUGCAGAAGUUCAGAUUUCUGAGGUCAGUCUCUCCUUGGGGCAUGGCUCUGGCCCUUGGAGCUGAUGGACAAUUGCAGAAGUUUAGAUUUCACCACUGGUCACUUCCCCAGAGCCCCGACCUGCACACAGCAGUCACUGCUGCAGCUUUCCCCUGUGGGCUGUCUGCACUGUGAUGACCCAUGGGGCACAGUCCAUCCCUCCUGUCCCUGUCCCCAGUGCCACCCAGUCCUGCCGUGCCACCUCCCCUCACCCUCUCCUGUGCCCGUCCGUGUGCACCCCAGCCUGGGCAAAGAAGAUUCCUACGGAAUGAUUUAUUAACUAUAAUAUGGUUAUAGUUACAUAUAUAUAUAUAAAUACAUAAUGGCUGCAGUGAUAUCAGAUAGCAGGUGUGUUUGCCAGCGGGCAGGGUGGCUGCACCUCGAGGUGGUGGCACACACGCCGAGCUGGUGGUGUCCCCGUGACUGGCACAGGGAAUGGCAGGUCCCUGUGUGUGCUGUCACAGCUGGCUGUGUUUGUUCCUUGCAGUAGACUUUAAAUGCUCUUUUGGCAGCGGCGGGCCCUGCCCCUGCUGCCGUGUUGCUGUUUGCAGUGUGUGUUUGCCAGCAGAUCUGUCUGUAACCAAGUGCCAACCAGUAACCCCCAACUACUGAUCUCUUCCCCCGUCCCUCCAGUGUGGCCUCCCCCAGGCAGGAACUUCCUCUGCAUUGGCUCCUUCCCCUCUGCUUCCAGCCAUGUGUGUAACUGCCAUCGCCAUCGGUUUUAUAUGUAUGAUAAUUUCCCUUUUAUAUGUCAGGUAAAUAUUUGUAAGAGUUAUACUCACACAAAUGAGAUUAUUAUAAUGAUUACUAAUAUAUUUUUUUCCAUGUUUCAUUGCCUGAGUAAAAACUGUGUUUAUCACUC